CCACAGGAAAAAGCAGAGCACUCUUUACCUCUUCUCUCUUUCUUCCACUCUGUGAUCAAAAUAUCCGGACAAAGGAACCCUAGAUUUCUCCGCCUCUCUCCUUGUUCCGAUGAUAAUAAAGACGAAGACUUUGAGGAUCUUAAAGCUGAAUUUUUUUUGAUUUUUCACUGAGGGGAUUGAAUCGAGUUAUGUUCAAGGAUCGGAGUGGAGGAGGAAUAAUGGGUGGUGGUGGAUCAUCGAGAUCGGAGAUCCUUGGUGGAGCUAUUGAUCGGAAACGAAUCAAUGAUGCUUUAGACAAACAUCUUAAGAAAUCUUCACCGUCUACAUCUAGGGUUUUCACUUCUAAGGAUAAAGAUUCCUUCCCUUCAACUUCGUCUGCUAAAUCUCAGCUUAAUUCUCGCUCACCCGAUGUUGAAUCUGAAACGGAUAGUGAAGGAUCAGAUGUGAGUGGUUCAGAAGGUGAUGAUACCUCGUGGAUCUCGUGGUUUUGUAAUUUGAGAGGGAAUGAGUUCUUCUGUGAAGUAGAUGAAGAUUAUAUACAAGAUGACUUUAAUCUCUGUGGAUUGAGUGGUCAAGUUCCUUACUAUGAUUACGCACUUGAUCUCAUUUUGGACGUUGAAUCAUCAAAUGGUGAUAUGUUUACUGAAGAGCAGAAUGAGAUGGUGGAGUCAGCUGCUGAGAUGUUAUAUGGUCUUAUUCAUGUUCGUUAUAUACUCACUACUAAAGGAAUGGCUGCUAUGAUGGAGAAGUAUAAGAACUAUGAUUUCGGGAGAUGCCCGAGAGUUUUCUGUUGUGGACAAUCUUGUCUUCCGGUUGGGCAAUCUGACAUCCCAAGGUCGAGCACGGUGAAGAUAUACUGCCCGAAAUGCGAGGAUAUUUACUACCCGCGAUCUAAAUACCAAGGCAACAUUGAUGGAGCUUACUUUGGAACAACUUUCCCUCAUUUGUUUCUCAUGGCCUAUGGGAACAUGAAACCGCAGAAGCCGAUUCAAAACUACGUCCCUAAGAUCUUUGGCUUCAAGGUACACAACAAGCAAUGAUACUCUCUUCGCUCACCAGUCCUGUGGUUGAUGGUGGCUCAACCACCUUUCUUCUGAUGGUCACGGGUUUGAUAUGGAUGAUACUAAACUGCAUUUGGAGGAUGAGAAGAGCUCUAAUGGAAAAAGGUCGACACUUCAGAAGAUUUUUCACUAUGUAAUCUUGGAAAUUCUAAGUAGGAUCUUCUCUAUAGAACCGUUCUUUGGUGGGUACAUGAAUCUUGGGAUAUUCUUUACAUGUGAGUAAUCAAUUAAAUCAUUUACCAGAUGGGUGGAUUUUGCUUAACUGUUGUCUAUAAGUGCUGAGAUUUUUCUUUGUAUUCGUACUUAUCUAAAGUUUCUUGUGUUAUACGGAACUAAUCUUUCCUUUUACAA